AUGGCUACAAGUUCGCUCCCUCCGCAGCCUGCGGCCGCUGCGAGUGCGGCUCUAGACGCUGCUAUCUCCGACUUCAAGGAAAAUGGCGACACGUCUGCGACCGGGUCCGGGGCUCCCACCUCGGCGUCGGCAGAGCAGCAAGAGUCGUCAUCGGACACAGCGGCGGAUCCAGACGACAGCAUGCGGACUGUGUUCAACGACCCGCAAAAUUUCAACGUCAAGCACCCGCUCUUCAACACCUGGACCCUGUGGUUCGAUAACCCGUCAGCAAAAGGCAUGGGCAAGGCACCGGGUGGAAAGGACAGCUGGGGAGAGGAUCUUAACAAGGUCGUCGACAUUGACUCCGUCGAGGAGUUCUGGGGCCUGCACAGCAACAUCAUUCCCCCCUCGGUCCUGCCCCAAAAAGCGAACUACUACCUGUUCAAGCGUGGCAUCAAGCCCGCCUGGGAGGACGAAGCCAACGCAAAGGGCGGCAAGUGGAGCAUCCAGCUUCCAAGAGAAAAGUCGCGGGCAGGCAUCGACACACUCUGGCUCUUCACAAUGCUGUCAGCCAUUGGCGAGACACUCGAGCCAGCGAGCGGGGGCGAAGAACUCAUUACGGGCGUCAUCAUGUCCGCGCGGCCGAACCUGUACCGAAUCUCGAUCUGGACGAGCAAGGCAGAAGACCCAGAGGAGACAGCGGUCGCGGGCAGCAUUGGCAACCGGUUACUCGAGAUUGGAAAGCACUUCAAGACGCAGAUUCUUGGCUACGACAUCAACCAGAAGAUUGGGGGCAACUUGUCGAGCGACGUAGAGUUCCAGAGCCACAAGGAGAGCGAGAAAAAGAAGGGAAAGAAGUUUGUGGUGGUGAGUUGCUCUUGGAUGAAGGGAUCCUCAACGGUUGGUGGAUCAGGACAGUUUCUCACUCCUCGCUGCUAA